CCCGCAAGCUAUCUACAACCAGGUGAGUCACAUUUUAUCUACCUCACCCACAACACAACGCGCAGACGAUCAUACAAUACUCACUUUGUGCAAACGGAUGCUAUGAAUGGAUUCCAAAUUAUAUUCAGGGAUUUAUAUCUCUAUUAUGACGAACAAAUCCAGAUAGGGAAAGGUACUGAUCCGUCUGAUCUACAGUCUGUCAUCACAACCAUCAAUGGAUAUAGACAUUGCUGUCCCAAUGAUGUUUAUGUAGAGAGCAGUGAUAUGUGGAUUGUGAUCAUAGGAGGCAUGGACUACUCAAAUCUUGAACUGUAUGCUGAAAUAAUAUCUACUGAUCUUUCCACUUUAUACAGAUGUUCGAUUUCUGACAAAUUUGUUCCAACAUCAGCCCUCUGCGAUGGAUUUUACCACUGUGAUCAUUUUGAGGAUGAAUUAGCGUGCAAUCACUCAGCAAGGUUUUUAGCCUCUGGCCAGUCUACUUUUAUCACCGCUUAUUUCGUGGACAGCGGACAUUUUGGUAUAUCUGUUCUAAGCACAAAUGCGACUGCAAUAUUUCGACUCGAGUCCCAGGAUGAUCAUCAUCAAAACAGUGAGGAAACAAUUCUAAUAGGAACCGGGAAUAACGUCAAAUCAGCCAUUAGAACAUUCCAUGGACAUACUACAUAUCCUGAUGUAUACAUAGGAUCAAAUGUGAUUUGGAUUGCUAUUGUUGGUCAUAAGGACUACAACUACUACGGGAACUAUUAUGACUCUUAUGAGAGUUAUUAUGACACAUAUGACUAUAGUUAUGACAACAGUGACAUCAGUCUCAAGGUCACUGCCAUUGACAGGUCUAAUCUACAGGAAUGCGGAAAGACUGGCCUGUCUUUCUCAAAUAAUGACCGAUGCGAUGAAGUAUUUACGUGUCCAGACUUUGCCGAUGAAGAAGAGUGCAGUCGUGCAUCCAUUUUUCUCCUUGAAAACGAAAAUUACACAAUAGCCUUUUCCGAUAUCAAAGCAGAGACCUACAAUGUAUCACUUUUUAGGGCCAAUGCUUCAAAUGGAUUUCGAAUAAGGUUUUUGGAUAUCUACCUUGCUUGCUAUAAUUAUUAUAGUUAUGGACAAUGCGACGAUGCUAUCAUUCAGAUAGGCACCGGAUAUGGUAGUGCUAACAGCCGAUCGAUCGUAAAAACACUUCGUGCUUUUACUUUUUUCGAGGACGAUGUUCAUGUGGAUUCCAGUGAGAUGUGGAUAUCAAUUAGCGGUAUUUGGAGAUAUGGCAGGUAUGGCUCAACGUACUUUUACGGCCGUGGCGAGAUUGAAGUGAGCACUGUCAGAAUAAAUAGUCUGAGUUCCUGUGCCCACUCGAAUCGGGUGAUUUCUCAAAACGAUAUCUGUGACGGAUUUUAUCAAUGCGAUGAUUAUUCGGAUGAAAUAUCUUGCGAUAACGCAGAGGUAGUUUUGCAUGAAGGAGAAUCGUUUGGCAUAAAGGUUGUAAAUGCUGCACGUAGAUCAUAUAAUACUACGAUACUUCAAACGAAUUCAACAUUGGGAUUCCGAGUGCAUUUCGGCUCCUCCGACUACGGGGAUGGGUACAGAGCUCGUAUUGCAAUUGGUACACGUAACAACUCAAGUCCAAUCUAUGAAUGGUCCUCGACCAGUAACUACUAUUAUUUCUCCAAUGACUAUGAUGUGUAUGUGACGACGAAUGAAAUAUGGACUGCCAUCAUCGGUGGUGUUUACCAUGCGUAUGGGUCUAUGGAAUUCAAUGUCACUUCGGUUGAUAUACCAGACUUGUAUACCUGCCCGGGAAACUCCCAUAUCGGAAUUCCUCAAAGUAGACUGUGUAAUGGAAGGUAUGACUGCAGCAAUUAUGAAGAUGAAUCGUCAUGCAACGAAUCUGCAAUACUUAUAAACAACGAGACGUUUUACUUUAGUGUCUACCCUUGGGACUACGAUUAUCAACGACUUUACAGAGAUUGGCUCUUCGAAACGAACACUGGAAAUGGCUUUCGUGUUGACCUGUAUACAUACGUGGAAUGCUUUGACUAUUACUGUGGACAUGAUGGAGUGUUCACUAUUAUUAUUGGGACAGGAAAAGAUUCAACCAACCAGGAGUCAGGUGUUCAAACAUUCACUACCAAGACUACUUAUCGGUUGUACUAUAGAAGAUAUGAAGAGUUGUAUGUUGACAGCCAAGAAAUAUGGAUUGUUUUGAUUGGUCCGCAGUUUGUUGGAUAUGGUGACUACGACGAACUUAAUUUAUACAUAAAUGCCGUUAACAUGUCCGGGUGGAUACCAUGCAAGGAUUCAAGAGCAAGUGUGCCUUCAGAUUACGCAUGUAAUGGACGGUACGAAUGCGACGAUUACGGAGACGAAACAACAUGUGAUCGUUCACCGACCAUCAUCAGUGACGGGGAAUCUUAUGCCAUCUCAGAUUUGGAAUUGUUUGAACGGGAAUACCAUGCCUUCAUUCUACAAACCAACCAAUACUCUAGAUUUCAUAUCAGGUUCCAACAUAUCUCUCUUGGCUGUUGCGAUGAGCGUGUGCAGAUCGGAACGGGGACUGAUCUAUCUGACGAAGAGUCCGUUAUAAUGUCCAUCCAGGGAUACACAAAUUAUGUGGAUGAUGUUUAUGUGAAUACUACCCACAUGUGGCUUGUCAUGACUGGUCAAAAGGACUCUGACAACUAUCCUAAUGGUCAUGUCGAUAUGAUUGUCACUGCUAUCUCUCUUUCUGCUGAAUGUCUCUCAAACCCCUGUCUAAACGGAGGGACUUGCAAUCACCUUGCUGAUGGCGGAUACCGAUGUGACUGCAUGGAUACCUUUACCGGGCUCAACUGUGAAAUAGAUCACCUAUUCUGCCCGGAGAAUAUAUCGACCAUCGUAGAUCCAUUCUCCGAGACGGCCACCGUUGUCCUACCGUCCAUCGGGGUUGGCGUGGUGACAUCUCCGCAAAACGGCUCAGUUUUUAUGCAAGGUUCCACACCAGUACUUGUCACUAGAGAAGAGGAGCAAUGUAUGUUCUACGUAUAUGUGGAACCUUUGAUAGAGCCAACCUGUGAAGAUAUUUUUCAGCUCUCGCCAAUUUCGACAGUCGUCGUGAUUUGGUUCGUUGAGGAGCCUACCCAAUACUCACUGGAGACCGUUGUCGGAGACGAGAUGGCCUCGUACGUUCCCAUGCUAAACAUUGCCUUAAUCGAAGUGAGCGUGCCUUCUGUACUAGAAGGUGUGGUGUCAAUAACUGAUCAUCCUGACUACAACUGCAGCUUUACUUUGUCAGUUUUUCCAUAUACUUGCAAUGUGACGUCAUAUCCAUCAGAGUAUCUUACGGCUCUAUCGGCAACAAACCAAGAAUUCGAUAUUCCUCCUGAGGAACAGUGCUUUGGUGAGAGCAUGAUCACAGUCAACACAACGUGUAUCUUUGGGUGCGACGUCGGGUAUAAUCUCAUAGGCAAUGAAAGCGUUUCGUGUAUUGAGGAUGGGCUCUCAGACAGUCUACCAACUUGUGAAUUGGUCACGUGCCAAUUGCCUGCAAUGUUUCCAUCCUUCCUGCACACCACAUCCACUAUUAAUAAUUGUACGGAAGGAGAGCAGAUCGUCUACAACACAUCAUGUUCGUACGAUUGUGAGGUCGGAUAUAACUUAACAGGGAACAGCGCGGUCACGUGUCUCGAGAACGGGGAACUCUCCAGUGAAUUACCUAACUGUGGAAUUGUGCAGUGCUUUGUGCCAAGUUUCUCAGAACGGCUGAUCUCUCUUGAAAGCACUUGUUACGAGAGAAUGUACAUCAACUUUACUGAUAUCUGCUACUUCGGAUGCGAUGUUGGUUUUGAUCUGAUCGGUAAUGGUACGGCGACUUGCGGGGAAGAUGCCCUUCUGUCGUCGGAAUUACCAACGUGCCAAGUGGUAUCCUGUUCGGUACCUGUGCUUCCACUGAGCUUAUCGACAUUGACGUCACAUUGCAAUGGAGGGCUAUCAAUCAAUUACACAGAUACCUGUUCAUAUUCAUGCGAUGAGGGAUAUAAUCUUAUUGGAUCUGAAUCAGUUACAUGUCUAGCUAACACAUCACUUUCAGAUUUUCUGCCGACUUGUGAAGUUGUAUCCUGUUCCAUACCUGUACUUCCACCACGGCUAUCAACAAUGACGUCACAAUGCAAUGGAGGACAAUCCAUUAAUUAUACAGAUACCUGUUUAUAUUCAUGUGAUGUGGGAUAUAAUCUUAUUGGAUCUGAAUCAGUCACAUGUCUUGCUAACACAUCACUAUCUGAUUUCCUGCCAAUUUGUGAAGUUGUGACUUGCAGCGUACCACAACUCCUACCACCUCUUUCAAAAUCAUGUCCGAUGGGACAAGAAGUGAACUACAACACGUCCUGUGAAUUUUCAUGCAGUCCUGGCUUCGAUAUUAUUGGAUCGACAUCAUUAGACUGCUUAGCGAAUGGAACACUGUCCGGUGAUAUACCGAUGUGUGAAAUUGUAUUGUGUCAACUCCCUGAAGUAUUCCACCCUGAACUGUCUUCGGUGUUGGGAAACUGUAGCGAUGGGAGUUCUAUUGACUUCAAUACCACUUGUACCUUUGAAUGUUCAGAAGGAUAUGAUUUGAUUGGCAGUGAAAGCAUCGGAUGUCAGAGUAAUGGCACUUUAUCUGAAUCACCGCCGACAUGUAACGUCGUAUCAUGUUCCAUACCUGCGCUUCCAUCACACCUAUCGACAAUGACGUCACAAUGCGAUGGAGGCCAGUCAAUCAAUUACACAGAUGCAUGUUUAUAUUCAUGUGAUGUGGGAUAUAAUCUUAUUGGAUCUGAAUCAGUCACAUGUCUAGCUAACACAUCAGUUUCUGAUUUCCUGCCGACUUGUGAAGUUGUGACUUGCAGCGUACCACAACUCCUACCACCUCUUUCAACAUCAUGCCCGACGGGACAGGAAGUGGUCUACAGCACAUCCUGUGAAUUUUCAUGCAGUCCUGGCUUCGAUAUUAUUGGAUCGACAUCAUUAGACUGCUUAGUAAAUGGAACACUGUCCGGUGAUAUUCCAACGUGUGAAAUUAGAGUGUGUCCAAUCCCUGAAGUAUUCCACCCUGAACUGUCUUCGGUUUCUAAUGGAAACUGCAGCGGAAGAAGCUCUAUUGACUUUGAUACCACGUGUACCUUUGAAUGUUCAGAAGGAUAUGAUUUGAUUGGCAAUGAGAGUGUCAAGUGUCAGAGUAAUGGCACUUUAUCUGAAUCACUGCCCACGUGUAACGUCAUAUCAUGUUCCAUACCUGUGCUUCCAUCACACCUAUCGACAUUGACGUCACAAUGCAAUGGAGGACAAUCCAUUAAUUACACAGAUAUCUGUUCAUAUUCAUGUGAUGUGGGAUAUAAUCUUCUUGGAUCUGAAUCAGUCACAUGUCUAGCUAACACAUCACUUUCUGAUUUCCUGCCGACUUGUGAAGUUGUAGUGUGUCUGCUCCCUGAAGUAUUCCACCCUGAACUGUCUUCGGUUUCUAAUGGAAACUGCAGCGGAGGAAGUUCUAUUGACUUCGAUACCACUUGUGCCUUUGAAUGUUCAGAAGGAUAUGAUUUGAUUGGCAGUGAAAGUGUCGGUUGUCUGAGUAAUAGAACCUUGUCUGAGUCACUGCCCACAUGUAACGUUGUAUCAUGUUCCAUACCUGUGCUUCCACCACGCCUAUCAACAAUGACGUCACAAUGCAAUGGAGGACAAUCCAUUAAUUACACAGAUAUCUGUUCAUAUUCAUGUGAUGUGGGAUAUAAUCUAAUUGGAUCUGAAUCAGUCGUAUGUCUAGCUAAUACAUUACUUUCUGAUUUCCUGCCAACUUGUGAAGUGGUCACGUGCCAAUUGCCUACAAUGUUUCCAUCCUUCCUGCAAACCACAUCCACUACUAAUAAUUGUACGCAUGGAGAGCAGAUCCUCUACAAUACUUCAUGUUCGUAUGAUUGUGAGGUCAGAUAUAACUUGACAGGGAACAGCACAGUCACGUGUCUCGAGAACGGGGAAUUCUCCAGUGAAUUACCUAACUGUGGAAUUUUGCAGUGCUAUGUUCCAAGUUUCUCAGACGGGCUGAUCUCCCUAGAAAACACAUGUUACGAGAGAAUGUACAUCAACUAUACUGAUAGCUGCUACUUCGAAUGUGAUGUUGGUUUUAAUCUGAUUGGUAAUGAUUCGGUGACCUGCGGGGAAGACGCUCUCCUGUCAUCGGACUUACCAACAUGCCAAGUUGUAAUGUGCCCACUCCCAGAAGUAUUCCUCCCUGAACUGUCAUCGGUCUUUGUUGGAAACUGUAGCGAAGGAAGUUCUAUUGACUUUGAUACCACGUGUACCUUCGAAUGUUCAGAGGGAUAUGAUUUGAUUGGCAGUGAGAGUGUCAGAUGUCAGAGUAACGGCACCUUAUCUGAAUCACCGCCGACAUGUAACGUUGUAUCAUGUUCCAUACCUGUGCUUCCACUGCGCCUAUCAGCGUUGAUAACACAAUGCAUUGGAGGACUCUCUAUAAAUUACACACAAAGUUGUUCAUAUUCAUGUGAUACGGGGUAUAAUCUGGUUGGAUCUACAUCAGUUUCAUGUCUGGCAAAUACGUCACUCUCCGAUUCCUUGCCUACUUGCGCAAUUGCGACCUGUAACGUACCAGAGCAGCUCACUCCCAAUCUUUCAACGCAAUGUAAUUUGGGAGAAAAUGUCGAAUACAAUGCAACUUGUGAAUUCUUCUGCGACAUUGGCUACGACCUUUUGGGAGAGUCUUCUCUAGCCUGCUUAGCCGACGGAACAUUAUCCAGUGAUACUCCGACAUGUCAAAUUGUAACCUGUCCUCUAGAUGUCCCUUCUGCUAAACUGUCUCUCGGAAGCUGUAGUGAAGAGAGUUUCAUUGACUUUGGUACCACUUGCACAUUGGAGUGUUCCAAGGGGUAUACAUUGAUGGGAAUGGAAACAGUCACGUGUCAGAGUAACGGUACUUUGUCAGCACCGUUCCCAUCAUGCAACAUUGUAUCUUGUUCGAUACCUGCACUACCGUUACGCCUGUCAUCUAUGACGUCACAAUGCAAUGGAGGACAAUAUGUCAAUUACACGCACACCUGUACAUAUUCAUGUGAUAGGGGAUAUAAUCUGGUUGGAUCUUCAUCAUUAACAUGUCUGGCUAACUCGUCUCUAUCUGACAGCUUACCAACUUGUGAAAAUAAAUUAGGAGAGAAAGUUAAAUAA